AGACGGGCACUAUUUCGGUCCAAUCGGCCACCGCUGCAUCUGCCGAGCCGUGCAUUUGAACACCUACUACCAAAGGACGGUCCGUUCUCACACAGCUGCUUCUGUCCUUCUCCUCUUCUUUCAAACGAACAUGCGUCCGUCGUUUCGACUCGGUGGCACCGCGGCCACGUCCUCUCAGCCACGUGUCAGAGAAGGCAACGAAGAUGUUGUCUGCGAGCUCUCGCCCAUGCAGCCCCUUCACCUCUCUCACCGAUCCUCCCCUCCGGUGGAGGAGCGCCUUUUGCAGUACGGCCGUCUGUACAACGAAAAGUUGCAGCAGGCACAGGCGGUGCGGCGACAGCAGGAAGAGGCGGCCGCAGCGGAGGUCGCACGGCCCACCUCUCCGCUGCACCCCCGCUGCCUCUUUGCGCCGACACCGUCGCUGCACGCCAACGCCGAAGUCGCACGUCGCCGCCGCGCCAAACGCCUCGCCGAGUAUAUUGCUGAGAGGGAGACGCAGCAGUCCCGCCACCCAGCGAUUCUGCCGGCGUCGCGAAACAUGGCCGCGGCACUGCGCCAGCGAGAGCAGUGGGAGGGGCUGUCCGUUGGUGAGCUACUGCACGCUCGCCAAAAGGUGCAUGAGGAACGCAUGGAAGAGAAGCGUCGCGAGGAGGCGGCUAAGCUGACGUUUAGGCCGGCCGUGUCGGAGCACACCAAGCGGCUAAAGGUCUCCGAGCCAGUGGUGGAACGCCUUUACGCACCUCGACACACCACCGUCGCCGCCACAUCAUCCCCAGCAAAGAAGUGCGGCGCGGUUCUCGCCGACGUCACCAAUCGACACAACUCCAGCGUCUCGAUGAAGCCCACGUCGGCCUCCGCAGCGACGUAUCAGCGACUUUACCACGACGCCGUGUCGCGACGGACACACAGUGAGACACAAGACAAGCUGAAACAGGUACGCAGCAGCAGCGCUUUUAGACCUCAAAUCGACCCUAUCAGCAGCCUCAUCGCGUCGCAGAGCGAGGACACCGUACACGCACGCCUCAUACGCUCGAAAGCACCGCCGGACUCCAAUCGAUACGUUAACCCGGAGGAAACCUUUGCGCCACGCACUAACCGCACCGCCACGUCGCAGAAGUCGCACAACUCGCUGCCGCGGCGUAGUGAAAUGUGGCUGCGACGCCGAGGCGACCGCCUGCGACACUUUGUCAAGGAGCGGCACGAGGCGGAGAUGCGCGAGUGCACAUUUCACCCCCGCACAAACCGCGGACCAGCGUCAUCGUGUCCGUGGGGCAUGUCCGAUUCCGCCGAUACCCCACUUAGCUCCUCUGCGGACCUCAUUGAGUCCACGGAGGAGUUGCUAAGCCACAUCGGCCUCGACGAGCCAGCGCUCUUCCAGGACAGCCCUCAACAGGACUCGUCACCGCACUGGGCGGACGUACUGCGGUCCACCGUGCCAGACGACCUUUUAGAUCUUUUAGAGGAGGCAGAGUUGACGUCCUACGACUCUCGCCGCCCUUCACUGCCUUAG